GAUUUUUCCCCUGCAAUGAAUACAAAAUGGCAGCCUGGAUCGGACUGUGCGUUUCUCAGUGAGAGUGCCCGUAGUAAAGCUUUACUUUGCAGCUCAUGAGACGACAAUAGAGGUGUUCCCAGCUUAGAAACACCUUCGGUUGUCGAGAAGCAUGGCAGCCAGCAGGGCUCCUCCGCUUCAGCGUAGUGUGAUGUCUGAGCCUCGGGUGAAUGCUGUACCUAGGUACAACUUCACACAACCCAUGGAUGACUUCCUUUUUAAUUUGAUAGGUGGUGAGAAGGAGGACAGCAAGCCAAAUAAUUAUUACAAUUGGAAGCCAAGUUCUACAUUUGCUGAGCAACCUUCAGCUGUUGUUCGGAAUAAAAAGUCAAAGAAUAAGGAGAGGGAACAAAAUGUCUCUGGGAAAGCAGAUGCACAAGGUGCUGCUAUGAUGAGUAAUGGUCCUUCCCGCCGUCGCACACCCGCAACCUACCCCAGAACACAGCAUGUUAGUUCCGUUUUAGAUAGAGAGGAGCUAGAGCACCUCAGACAACAGCUUACUUACAGUGAUGUUGAUGAUCAAAGCACAGAUAGCCAAGCUUUGGGAUCAGUGAGCAUUGCCAAUAGAGUGAACAAUGCAAGACUAGGUGAUGAUACAUCAUCAGUUGAAAGUGGUAUGAGAAGGCCUCCCUCCAUACUGGAUACAAUCUUUGUCAAUGAGAAGCCUGAUCGAAAUAAAAUAGUGGCCAGACUCAUGCAAAUAAGAGAUUAUGUGAAACAGGCCAAUGCCAUGAUGUCUACUCUUCAAAACUCAAUGGACAAUCCAGAGAAGGAUGACCAGGUGGCCAAACUAAACCGCCUUCAGGAACAUCUCCAGGAACAAGAAAGAGGUUACUUGGCUCUCCUUGAGCGUAUGCUGGCUGAGGAGCUUAGCCUAGCUGGUUCUGUCUCAGGAAUAGAAUCCUCUGUCACUAGUAAUGAUCUCAAUGGUAUGGAGGCAGCUGCUGUUAAUGGUGGCAGGAGUAGUCAGAACUCUGGAGAAUCUUUCGCUACAUCUGUAGCAGAAUCUGCGUCGAUCAAUCUAGAUGCACGCUCGGAUAUUUCAGAGGCUACUACUGAGGGUACGUUCACAGCUCGCACCCGUCCCCGUAUUGAAAGCCACCUUGGCAAUCACUCAUGCGCAAGCGACAAUGAUAUCAGUGAUUCUGAACUAGACGACAUUAGGUCGGUCAGUAGUCAAGCCACUGGUUCCUUUGGCAUGGAUACUCAAGAGCUUCACGAACAGUACAGCUCCAUGUUACAGAAGUACCAGGAUGGAAAUGAAGAAAACGUUAGUGCUGCUAUGGAAAGGAUUAACCUAUCUAGAAAUGAAGGACAGGAUGAUAGCAAGUCUUCCCAAAUGUCUUCCAAUUCUUCAUACAGCUUGCUGGAGGGCCAAGAGACAAAACAGAAUGUUUCAGAACAGAUAGCUACCCUUGAGGGGUUGAGGAAACAACAUGAUCUAUUACGAAAGAUGCUCAAACAACAGGAGGAGCUGAGGACACUUCAGAACAGACAAGCAGCAUUGAUGACAUUACAAUCUCAGAUUGAGAGUAGAUUAACAAAUUCCGAACAGGAAAAAGCGGAAGAAACUGUUUCUGUCACAAGUACUCAGGCAACCACAACGACUGCCACCUCUGUAACUGAGGACCCCACACCAGUAACAACGACAGCUGGGCCACCUGGCCGGUUUGCAACAGGUGUGCCUUUGACAGCUGAAGACCUGCAGGAGAGACGUAGAACUCUGAUGCUUAUGUUGGCUGAACAGAGGGAUACAAGAUCAGAGGAGAUCCAGCAGGCUAGAGCAAUGGACUGGAUGGAACACACUGAGGUUAGUCCACCAUUGGUAUCAGCAGAGCAUGAAGAAUUGAGGGAUAAACUAGAAGCCUUACAGCAGAAGAAAAGACAGAUGGAUGAACUUCUCUUACAGCUCCAUGCUCUUCAUCCUGAAAUGCCAAAUAUUGGAGGUGAUACAUCAAGUGUAGCCUCUACCACAUCCAAUGCCAAUGAAUACAGUGGAUUAAUGGUGCCAUGUGAAGAACCUAAUGAAACAUCAGAUGAAAAUGAAGCCACUCUUACCAAUGGAACAGAUAGUCUCAGAAAACUUCAUGAUGUAAAAGAAAGGCUGACUGAGCUCCGUGAUCUAGUACAGCAAUAUCAAGAUACAAGUCAGUUACUAGGUGAUCAGGAUGAAGAUUUAUAUCGCAAGCAACAAAUGCAGCAGUUGGGACUAGGUGCCAAUUAUGAGGAUCCUGUUCUUAUGAGCAAUCUUAGGAGAUUAGAGAGAGGAGAACCUGUUGGGAGACCUGUUCAGAUGAGACCAAAUCAUAUGUCUUAUGGAGGAGAUGGUGCGUAUGUACAGGUUGGAUCAGGUCAGACCACCAGUACAGUUACUGAGACUGAAACAGAGACUGAGACAGAAAGUAACCACAGCUCUAUACUAGCAGCAUGGGGUGAUGAUCCAGAAAUCAAAGAGAAAGUCAGGAAACUGCAAGAAGCCAAGCAUAAGUUACGCCAACUCCAGUCACUUGUAGCCAUGGUACAACAGACCCCUGAAGUUGCUACUGCCUUGCCCGAUGACCUGGCUGAGCUUGCGGCUGGCCUUACUGCUGAGUAUUCAGAAACAAACAAUGAAGACGAGGAGGAUGAUGAGGAGGAAGAAGAUGACGGGGAUGAAGAGGAAGAAGAGGAAACUGUUGAGGAGAGUGGUAGUGAAUUUGCUAUGGCUGGUGCUACUGGUGAUCAUAGAAUGCCUAAUAGAGAAGAACAGAUUCCUGCAGAUUUUGCCAGGGAAACUAGGGAAGCCUAUUAUGAGGCUAAGAUGAAUCAGCAGAGACGUGAGCUUCAGAGUCUUAUGGCUGAAAGACAUCGUCUUCUAGGCGUCCAACAACAGCUCAAGGAACUCAAUGAGAACCUUCCUCCUGUCAGAAAACCACCAGCUAAACCUGGGAUGAAAUCAGUGAACAUCAUUCCACCCACAAAGAGAGAUGCAUCAACCAAUGUCCAAUCUGUUGCUACUCCAAGCCGUGAGGAGGUGUUCUCUGAGAUGAGGAGAAAUAAAGCUCUUCAGAGUGAACUUAGGCAGAAGAAAAAUGAGCUUUCAGACUUACUUCAUAUUGUCAAAAUGAACAGAGAGAGGUUACGUGAAGGAUCUGAUGAGUAUUCUCUUCAGACAGAUUUAGCAGAAUAUGACAAUGAUUUAUUCAGGGAAUUAUUGCUUGAUGCCGGCAGAAUGAGUAUGCGUAGUGCUGAUAUCACAGCUGCAGCAACCUGGGGUGGAUCAACCCAGGUGAGUGAAGAUGAAGGAUUAGAGGAUGGUUAUCCAGGGGAUGCUCUCUUACAGGUGGAAGAAGAGGAAGAGGAGGAACAGAGCACUGUGACCUCUGAUACCUACACCAUUGAGUCAGGUACUAAACCAAACAGAAGAAGAAAAGUCCAACCUUACCCAGGAGUAAAGAGAGUAACCAUAGAAGAUGAUGGGGAGACGUCAUCAAUGGAUGCAGCUAGGCAUGGUAUAAGAUACCCUAAGCACAUCAACUCAGCUACUGAUAGGCAGAGUCGUCUCAGGCAAGAGAACAUCCGUUCAGCCGAGGAGCUUGUAUCUGAUGGCUAUGAGGAGGAUCCUGCUGUUCAGGCUCUACAGGGUCAUAUUCAACAGCUACAGAGACAGCUAUCAAAUAGCAUGGGAAUGUGCCAGUCUCUUAUUUCAGAUCAACAAUCUAUGAGUAAUCUUCUCUCAGGAUCACUUAAUGCUGGUCGUGGUGGGUUACAGGCUGCAUCUGUAGGUCCCAAUCCAUUCUCUCCUGGAGAAGCUCACCUAGAUGACCUUGUCCAGAACUACAAUCUUCGCAUGCAGCAUCAACAACUGAUGCUGAACUUGAAUAGUGCCUAUAACCAGCUAUAUCAACAGCAGACUCAGAUCCAGAGCCUGCGUGGCCAGCUUGAAGAGAGAAACUCGGAAGCUUCCUUUGAUGUAGGUGCAGCCGUGGCAGCAGCCAACACCAAUACCAAUAACAAUGCUCCACCCAUGUACAGGAAUCCACAGAGACCAUUAGGUAUGGGGUAUCCAGGCCAGUCACCACCCUUUGGCAGAUCAUCUGGUAUGGGACCUGAUGCAGUGUAUGGACCUCCUCCGUAUAAUCCAGCGAUGCCAUUCAACAUGAAUCCUACAUUCCCACCUGGCUUUGGCCAGCCGAGUCCAGGCAACUAUCGCUCACCCUAUGCAAACCCCUACACUCCCAACGACCUGAACGAAGGUGGUACUGGCCAGAGGGACACCUACAACCCUUAUGCCCGUCAAGCCACUCAGCAGAGGUUAAGCGGUGCAGCCUCCUACCAUGUACCACCCAACACAGCUCAAGUGAGCAACGAUGAUGACGAGUUUGAAACUGCCUAUCUGAAUAGUGCUACAAGCUGCAAGGCAUCAAGGAUGAUGGGAGGGUACACCUUGGACAGUGGGAUUGGAGACAUCAAUGAUAUCUUAGCAAGGGAUCAAUCAGAGUCAAGGGAAGAGAUCGCUGUACCUCCACUUGAUAUUACCAGCCUUCUGAAAAGAACAGAGCAGCAGAGGAGAUUACGGGACGAGUUAGGAAGUCAGAGAUCAAAUACAUCAUCUAACAGAGAAGGCAAACAUCCAAUGCCAAGCAGUGCAUCCCAAGCCAGAGCUCAGCUAUCAAGCCAGUCCAACCAACCCAGUGCACGUCUAGCCAAGCUUCUCGGACCCAAGAUGGGUACAGGGUUAAGUUCCUCCAUCAGUGGGACUGCAUUCCUAGACACUGCUAGCAUUGUAAGCACAGUCUCUAUGUCUAGUCUACCCGGUGAUAUGAGUGAUAAGGGUAACAAUGGAGGAAGGUCAAAAGGCAGAGGUCAGCAGCAGCAGCAAGUACAGCAAGACACUGACAGGUCAAUCAGGUCACAGACUAGUGAACUUGAGUCUGAUGCAGGGAGUGAGUUCUCUCUCUUUGAAGCCCUCCGUGAAUCUAUCUACUCAGAAGUGGCGUCACUCAUCUCUCAAAAUGAGACCAGACCACACUUCCUCAUCGAGCUGUUCCGUGAGCUUCAGAUGCUCAAUUCAGACUACCUUCGACAGAGGGCUCUCUACGCCCUACAGGACCUUGUCUCAAAGUAUCUCACAGAUGAUAAUACUAAUGCUUCAGCAUCAGAGGCCCCUACCCUGCCAUCAGAGAGGCCAAUGCCAGCAUGGAUGAACUUUGCAGGAUCAGAGCAAACCCCUAGUGAGAGCUUUAUUACAUCAGAUGAGGAAGAAAUCAAGGCUCGUCUGUUUGGUGCUAACCUUCAGAAGCCCCAUGAGUCAUCCUAUGCCUUGCUGGAAGAUGAUCAAUAUGAUUACAUUGAGAAUGUAGACUCUGCCAGUUCACUCUCAACACCUCCAUCAUUAGGACGGGGAGAAUUUGGUUUUGCUAAUGAAGACCUAGGAGACACUGUCAUUCAUCUUGAUAAGGCAUUGAAGCGGAUGAGAGAAUAUGAGAGGCUAAAGGCAGAGGCUGAGGCUGCUUCUGGAGUCAGUUCAAUAGACAAUGCCAAGGAACGGAGUACUAUGUCAGCUUCAGAUAUGACUAGCAAUAGCUCAGCUCAAGAUAUGGGCAGUGAAAGCUCCUUCUCUGAUCUGCCAUACCCUCGGAUUGACACUCGUCAGUUAGACCUCCAGAUCAAAGGCAUCAUGCAGGAGGUGAUUCCAUAUCUCAAGGAACACAUGGAUGAUGUGUGCUCUCCGCAGCUACUUGCCUACAUCAGACGUUUGGUGCUAGGUCUGGCAAGGCAGAAAGAUGAGAGCAGGGAAUUCGUUCGCUUCUUCAAUAGGCAGCUGGGAUCCAUCCUGGAAGACUCUCUUGCCAAGUUCUCUGGUAGAAAGAUGCGUGAGUGUGGUGAGGAUCUGUUGGUGGAUAUCUCUGAGAUUCUCUUCAAUGAGCUAGCAUUCUUCAGACUCAUGCAAGACCUUGAUACAGCUGGUAACAAACUCAAACAAGAAGCUGCUAAACGAGAUGAUGAUGAUGAUGAUGACGAUGACGAGGAGGAUGAUGAUGAUGAUGAAGACGAUGAAGAAGAGGAGCAGACGGAAACUGGCACAGAGACUGGCACAGCUCAAGAUCAAGUAACGGGAGAAGGAGAAAGCAGUUCAGAUGAGUCGUCAUCAGAUGAAGAUGAUACUGUCCAACAGAGACAUCCUCAAGGGAGACAGCAACAGGAUGAUAGGUCUGGUGGAGGUGUGAUGGAACAAGCAUUAGAGACUGCUAUGGCAGUAGCUUCUAGAUAUGAAGAGGAAGAAUUAGGAAAUACGAGAGAUGAUAUGUUAGCAACACAAGUGGAUAUCAGUGAUAGAGAAGAAGACAGUGAGCCUCAGAGUGUGGAUCAUUUACAGAUUGAGCUUUCCAUGAGUGAAUCAAAAGGAGUUGCAUAUAUUGGUAGUGGAGAAGAAGAAGAUGACUCAGACCAUCUAGGAGAAGCUGUAGAAGAGACAAUCACAAGAAUUGGAGCAGCCAAUGCCGAUGGAGAAGUUGACAGUGUGGAUGAUACAACAAUGAGCACAGAGAUCCCUGUUGAAUCGGAUGCUAGUCAGAAGGAGAAUAUCUCAAGACAGGAGAGUCUUGAGAAGGAUCCAGCUCCUACACCAGCUCCUGCAUCAGAACCCAAGGAGACCAUUGAUGAUAGCACACCACAGGAUACUUCACAGGCUACAGUGGGAGAGAACAACAAUGAAGAAAUCACUCUUGAUGAUCUACCUUCAAAGCUUACUGUAAUUACACAGAAUACCCUUGAGAGUCAGAUGACGAAGGAACAGACAAAUACCGAUGGAGUUCAAGGAGUCCUGGAGACAAUGGUAGAUGGUGAAGCUCAGCUUGCAGGAGACCCAAUGGCCUUGAGAGCUCCUGAAGGAGCACCAGUUGAGAAUGGUAUCAUUGAAGGCAACCCAGGAGAAAUAGGAUCGGAAUGAACUGGGAUGAAAUGGAAGAAUUGAAAUGCCUUGAUAAGGCUGCCACAGAUCAGCAGUAACCGGAUGAUGAUGAAUGCAUUCCAAUGUGUGUAGAUGAAUAGGAAUAUGAUGCAGGUUUUGGAGUUUAAAGUAUAUCUGUACGGCAUGUUUAGACUUGGCUUGAUAAAGCUCGGCAACGUUUUCGUUUACACAGUCAUUGGGAUAUGAUGCAAGUUAGCACUAAAUGCUGUAAUUUUGUCCAGAGUAGCGCAGACAAACUGGUGACAUUCAAGAUGACCUUUCAGUUAAUGAAAUCACUAUGAAAUCAUAUAUCUUGAGUCAUAACACUAUAAUGAAAUCUUUGUAUUUGAUUUUGUCUGUGCAACUCUGGACAAUUUUUUUUGAAGAUAUAACAAUUGUGUAUUGAUCUAAGUGGGUUGAUUUGUCUCAAAAUGCCGAACACCAUGAAAAAUAUUCCUAGCUUUGUCAUACCAAGUGUGAACUAGAGUUAACAUGUCAUGGAUCAUGUUUGCCAUUUAUGUUGAGCAGUGGUAAUGGCUUGUAGUAGAUGAGGUCUUUUCUGUGUGUGAUGCAAAAUAAAGUGUUCUUUCAAGAAUUUAUUCUUCAUGCCAAAAGAGAGAUUAUUUAGCAACAAUAUGGCUUUCUCCUCUAUAGUAUAUACUUAAAUAAGCUUUUCUAAUAUCUUAUGAAUUAGAUUUUGAAUAAUUUUCUAGCAAGGAUUGUAGGAAAUAUGUUCAAUCUUUGAUAUAGUUUAGGGUAAGUCUCUUUGCAAAGUCUGUUAGUCUUUGUUCAUUCUAAAUACAUGAAAAUGUAUGAUUGUAUAGAUAUGAUUAAUGAAAUUGUAGAAAUUCAUAUAUUGAAUGUCAUGAUUUUGGCAAAAAGAAAGUGUUCAACAAAUACCUUUCAAAGUCAAGCUUCAACAUUCCUGAAGUAAUUUUCCCCUCCCCUGUUUUGGGAUUUAUUAUAAGUAUUUGAUUUUACAGUCAAAUAAUGAAGAAUCUAGAUUAAUGUUUGAAUGAAUUCAAAGCACAGCACAAAGAAUUUGGAGUAUUUUGUUUGUUGACAGGAUAGCUUGAUUUCAAGGACUGAAAUGGAAUAAUUGUACAUAAGAACCACAUUCCUAUAUAUAUAUAAUAAUUUGGAGAAUAUGAAUGUACCUUUUUGUUUGGGGGAUAACGAGAAUAUUGAAUAAUACUGCUGGAAUUCUCCGUCCAUUACUGGGCCCUGUAAUAUAAAGGUUAGCAAUCGAUCGUAGGGAACAGUUUUACAAAGGAUAAUUCACAGUAAUCAAUGAAAUCAGUCAUAAAAAUUGACCCUAAGAUCGAUCUCUAACCUUUGUGUUACAGGGCUCUGGUCUAUGUAGCUUGCUUUGUAAUAUAACUAACUUAAAUAAUUUGUAUAUUUGUUGGGUUAAAAGUUUGUUAUAAAAUCCUUAUUCAAAGCAUUUAAAAGAGUUCUAUCACUGUUCAGGUGAUAAUGAUUAAUAGUGCCAUUUGAUGACAUUGAGGAGAAGAGUAAUCCAAAGAUAUUGUGCGUAUUCAUUAGAGCAUCCCUUUUUUCAAGGAUUCUUUGGCCUUGUUCAAUUUUUGCAUUAGUUGUAUGUAUUAGAACUUAUAUGUACAGGUAGAAUGUGUAAAUGUUGUUAAUGCUCUAGUGGUUCGUGUAUGUUUCUGUUACCUUUUGAAGGUUUGCAUGCUGCAAUGUAUUUGUGGUAGAUUGUCCAAAUUUUGAGUUCAUUUCUUUUUUUCUCUCAUUAGCUUGCUGUGUGUAAACAAAUUGAUGUAUAUAGUUUAUAAUCUAUUCAAAAUUUACUUUUGUAUACAGUGUGAAUGUUUGUUUAGACAUUGAAUGUGAGUGAUCCAUGGCAAUAAAUGUCUUGAAAUAUGGCAUGCAUUUGGGCAUGUAUUAAGUAAUUGCACCUUGAAACGUUAUAAUAAUAUUUUGUGUUUCUUUCUGAUGUAAUUUUCUUCUCACUAUUUCUCUAUUUUCAGAUUUACAAAAAUGAUGCCUUUAUGCACUGUAUUUUAUGAACUGCCUGUUUAUAUAAUUAUGGCAUUAUCAUAAGUGGGUAAUAUGAAAAACAUGAAAGUUAUAAUGUUUUAAUGAAUAAAGCUUAUUUCAAGUGUGGCAACAUUUUAACUUGCAUCAGGAGACCAUUAUGGAAGAAAGUACAAUAAAUCUAAAUAAGUUCCAAAUGCUUGCUUCCGAUAGGUGGAAAUUCAAGUUGAGUUGGAAUUUUAGAGUUAAGUUCAAUUGUAAUUCUUUCUGCAACUGACCCCGAUCUAUCAAGUCUCAUAGGAAUACAUCUUUUCAGUUGGUGGGAGUUUAAUAUGAAAAAUGUGUUUACAAUUCAACCUCCCAAUCGCCUCUUUGUUAGCUGAUCUGUAUGAGCCAGUAUUCAGUUCAAUACCUGAACUAGAUAUAUAAUAAUUGUUACUUUAAAUACAACACACUUCCCAAUGUCCUGAAGAGAUUUUGUGACAUUGGUUUGUCAUCAUGACCUGCACAUUAUUGAAAAUACUCACAAUCCUUGUGAGAAAGCAUGUAGACUAGACAUUAUUAUUUUUUUGUAUUGUCAAUGUGAUGAAACAGUUACUAUUCUAAUAUUGUUGAUGUUUAGAUGAAACAUUCUAAUCAAUAAGCUUAAACUGUUCUAAAUCUCUUAUUCAAGUAUUAAAUACAAUACUGGCUCUGCAUAUAGCUUUGUUUAAAUAUGGAUAAUUGAUUUCAUCUAUCUUCAGUUAUUUCAAAUCUUUUGUAAACAAACACUGACAUAUUUCUUCUGGCUCAUCAAGUUACAUUUUCUUUUUAACUUGGGACUUCUAAACCCAGCAGUACUUCAAUUGGACCAAUAUUGUAAAUGGAUAAAGAAUAAGUCAUACAUGCAUUAUACAGUGUCAUACAGACAAAACUUUAUAUAAUAGAUGUAAAUGUGUUGAGAAUAUAUUGCAUUUUGAUGUGCUAUUUAGGAAACAUAUCCCUUCUUUGACAUUUCCUAUUUAAGUGUUAAAACUCUUUAUGAUGUUAUAAGGAAAGCUAGUUUCUGGGAAACUGUGCCUACCUAGACAGUUCUUUUUUCAUGAGAUAUAUUCACAAGACAAGAGUUGAUAUAAAAAGAAGUCUUGUACAAAAUGAAAAUAAUGUGCAUUUUCAGAGAUAAUUUCUGUCAAAUUUCCUUUAUGGAUGUAAUGUUCUUUCUUUCAUUGUUUUCUAGUGCCUUUCUGAGAUUAAUUCCAUUGAUUGAUGUGUGAAGUAAUCGUUGUAGACUUCUAGUUUGGAAAUAAAAAGAAAGAAAAACAUUGCAAGAUAAAA